UCAUGGAUUCUGCAGGAAAAGCUUUUUCAGACUAAAACGGACUCUUUUGCCGCGGAUAAAGGGAGAAGGAGAGAGAGGGAGGAAAGGGGGAGAGUGUGUGUGCGUGAUAGAGGAGGCGAGGAGGAGCGGACCAGAGAAUUUGUGUAAAUCAAAAGAUUCUUCGACACAAACCGGAUACGCUACAGAGAAAAGGCUCUGAUGUACUUUUAUUUUUCCUCAUCAUUAUGAAAUGCUGGACAUUAAAUCAGUGACGUGGCCCAUUCACGUGUGAUUCUAAUCAAGUCGGCUGCUUAUUUAUUUAUUGUCUUAUUUAUUUAUUUCCUGAAGGAUGAUGGGCUGUGACUAUCGCCGCUGUUGCGAUCAGCAUUUCUAGUCUUGCGAGAUUGGCGAUGAACAUUUCCCAUGAUAAAUGCACCGGCUUACCAUCCUUUGAUAGGCAAAUAUUACAAUAUUUUCGAAGAAAUCGGUUGAUAUACAGGAGUUGCGAUACUAUUUUCAAGUCAUCGGAUAUGCAGGAUGAAACUACAUAUUUCUACUGCAGAAAUUUAGCCGUCCUUUUUUGUGAAAAUGCAUAUCUGGAUAUUGAAAAUCAUCUUAUUUGUUGCCACCUCUCUGAGCUUCGUUCAGAUGUAUGACGGUUAUGGAGAGAUUUGUAAAAACCUUUGUACCUGUGAAGAGAAAGAAGGGAUUCUGACUGUGAGCUGUGAGAACAGAGGAAUUGUCAGACUGUCUGAAAUAAGUCCAGUGCAUUUCCCAAUGUAUCAUCUGUUACUGACAGGAAAUCUCUUGAAAAGACUCUCUGCUAAUGACUUUAUCAAUUAUACUGGUGUAACAAUUUUGCAUUUAGGUAACAAUGACAUCUCAGAAGUUGAAACUGGAGCAUUCAAUGGACUUCAAGGAUUAAGGAGACUGCAUCUUAACAAUAACAAGAUAGAUCUUCUGAGGGAUGAUACUUUUCUUGGCCUUGAGAAUCUGGAAUAUCUGCAGAUUGAUUACAAUUACAUCACUAAUAUAGAAUCUAAUGCAUUUAGCAAAUUGAAUACUUUAGAAGUUCUCAUUCUAAAUGACAAUUUAUUGUCUGCUCUGCCCACCAACAUAUUCCGAUAUGUACCUUUGACUCACCUUGAUCUGAGGGGAAAUCGGUUGAAAAUGUUCCCUUAUGUGGGGCUUCUGGAACACAUGGACAAAGUUGUGGAAAUACGACUGGAAGAGAACCCGUGGAAUUGCUCAUGUGAGCUUAUUGCUCUGAAGGCUUGGUUGGAGAGCAUUGCUUACACUGCACUAGUUGGGGAGGUUGUUUGCGAUUCACCUUUCCGGCUGCACGGGAGAGACCUGGACGAGGUCUCCAAGCAGGAGUUAUGUCCCAGGAGAGCCAUUUCUGAGUACGACAUGCGGCCCCAGCCACCCUUGAGCACGAUUGGAUACUUCCAAACCACCCCUGUUGCCGUGACUGCCUCUGUCACCUCAUCUGCAGUGUUACGGUCAUCGUCAAGGCCGACAAAGGGCACCCGCCAAUCAAGCAAAUCAAGGUCAAAACCCACCUCUCGCAUUCCGUAUAAUUAUGGUCCAAUAAUUGCUUAUCAAACUAAAUCUCCAGUGCCUUUGGACUGCCCCACUGCCUGCUCAUGUAAUUUACAAAUAUCUGACCUCGGACUGAAUGUUAACUGCCAGGAGAGGAAGAUUGAGAGCAUCUCUGACUUGAAGCCGAAACCAUACAAUCCGAAAAAGAUGUACCUCACUGGGAAUUAUAUCCCUGUCGUACUCAGAUCUGAUUUCAUAGAAGCCACCGGAUUAGAUUUGCUUCACCUUGGUAACAAUCGAAUAGCCCACAUACAUGACAAAGCCUUUGGGGAUUUAACAAACUUGCGUAGGCUGUACUUGAACGGCAAUUUAAUUGAGCGCCUCACAGCGGAUAUGUUUUAUGGGUUGCAAAGCCUGCAGUACUUGUAUUUAGAAUACAACGUGAUCAGAGAAAUUGUGUCAGGUACCUUUCAGUAUGUACCCAAACUCCAGCUGCUUUUCCUCAAUAACAACGUUCUAAAAACCUUACCUGCAGGCGUUUUUACCGGUUUAAAUCUAGCUAGACUUAAUCUUCGCAGCAAUCAUUUCCAGAAUCUUCCUGUGAGUGGUGUGUUAGAUCAGCUGAAAUCACUGGUACAGAUAGAUCUGUAUGAGAACCCGUGGGAUUGUUCCUGUGAUGUGGUGGGCAUGAAGAUCUGGCUGGAGCAGCUCAAUACGGGCACUGUUGUUAAUGACGUGAUAUGUGGAUCUCCGAAGAGACUGUCUGGGGAGGACAUGCGAUCCAUCCGAUUGGAUCUCCUGUGUCCCGAUUACUCUGAUGUCAUUGCUUCCACAGUGCCUCCAUCUGAAGACUCUUUUCCAGACAUUGCCACAACCGUACAAAAUUCCCUGAGAUACAAAAAACCAUCCAAUACGGUGCCGCUCUCCGUCCUGAUCCUGAGUCUCCUUCUGGUGUUUAUAUUAUCUGUUUUCAUCGCCGCAGGGUUGUUCGUCCUUGUCAUGAAGCGACGCAAAAAGACUCAAAACGACCGUACCAGCAACAAUAACUCUGACGUCAGCUCCUUUAAUCUGCAGUACAGCCUCUAUAGUAAUAGGUCUGGCCCAAAAGUGAAAAACCCAGCUGGGCAUGUUUAUGAGUAUAUUCCACACACAAUGGGUCAUAUGUGCAAAAACCCUAUUUACAGGUCCCGAGAAGGCAACGCCGUGGAGGAUUAUAGAGACUUACAUGAGUUAAAAGUGACAUACAAAAAUAAUGCUGAUGAAGACAGGGAUAGUGAUCUGAGAAGUACCACGUACAGCGUGAGCACAAUUGAACCGCGAGAGAAUCCAUCCCCCGUGCAAGAUGCUGAUAAUUUUUUCAGAGGCAUUCUUGAUGCUGACAAACAGUCGCCUUCUGGAAAUGCUUUUGAAUACAAGUUUAGCGGGCCCGCCCCAUACAUUUACACCCCGAACUACGAAGUCAGGCGACAGUUUUUGCACCCAGAAAGGGUACCAGAGACAGUUCUGUACAGCACAGCACCAAGUACUGUGUAUGUGGAGCCCAGCAGAAACAAAUAUUUGGAACUAAAAGCUAAACUUCAAGCUGAGCCGGACUACCUCGAAGUUCUUGAGAAACAGACAACAUUCAGCCAGUUUUGAAAUGCUGUAUAUAUCAAAUAGUAUUUUCCUUUCCGAUGUGCUUCUCGUUGGAGAAUGCCUUGGCACAAACUUUAAAGAUCAGUAAAGGGAUCGUGCCGGACUACACAAUGAUUAUUUUUAAAAAUGCAUUACAUUACAGAUGUAAAAUGCUCUACAUUCUACUUGAUGAAUAUAUGGGUUGUGAUCUGCAACUGAUGAUACUUUUUCAUUAUAAAAAAAAACAAUAAUAAAUGUUUAUUAAAUACAAAUUAUUGUAGAUACAGGUAAUUUUACCCAAAUGCAUUGCAAUGAGUAUAACCACACAUAUAUUGUGAAUCACAUGUUUAUAAUUCUCAUUCUGAUUAAACAUAAUAUAACAGUACAUUUUACUGUGCAGAACAUUUUUGGUUCUUCCCUGUAAGUAAAUAUUUAUUGUCAUACUUACCUGAAAUCUGUCAUGUACCAUCACAAAUUUUUAUCUGUUCCUUUAAGAUUUUUUUUAACCUCAGUUAUAUAGGUCACAUGUCAUGAAUAUCUGUAAAAUUCUGUGUUGCCUUUUCAGAUCAUUUACAGUACUGUAGUUUAUAUAUUCACCUUAACUUUGUCGUUCGCAAACCCUGGUGUAAGAAAAAAAUCUAUGUUCCAUAAAUAAAACGUGGACUGGGAGAUUUCAGCAUUUUUGGAAACAGGAGGUCGAAGAGGUUUAUCAUAGACGAAUGAGAAUAAAUUGUAUUUUCAUUCCUAUUAACUUUUUAAACAUUUAAAAUCUUAAAUAAUAAUGUCAUAAUUAUGUUGUCUAAUGCUUACAUUUUAACAUAUCACCUAUUUUGAUACGAGGAUUAGUGACGCCUUUUCUUUCUUUAGUUUUAUUUUUCCUUUACUACUUUCACCAAAAUGUGUUAACAAAAGCCACUGUAUGAUGUCUGGUUACUACAAACAUGUAUGUGUUGGGAAGAAAACAAUGGACAUUUAUUCAUUUCCCUAGUGGCAGCUGCUGUAAUAUUCUUGGGGUGACAGCGAAGUAUCCUUUGAAUGUUCAUUACGUGUCACCAAAAAAAUUAUUUUCAUCAAUGGUUUUUGGUCCCACCCUAAUCAAAUCAUUUCGGUUUCCAAACUCUAGAUAAAGCAAACACUCAUAUGCAUUGCUGCAGGGGGAAAAAUGUCAAAUCUGUAUAGAUGAGCCUGUGUCAUUCAUGAAUUUUCUGUCUCAAUCUUGAUUGAUAACCCUUACUUCAAGCAGUACAGCCAAUUCUUCAUUCAGAGGAGGUUUGUUGUCAAUGUCAAGAAAGGAUCCCAACUUGCUCAGCCGAAGCCUCUUUAUUUUCAACUGACAAUUACAUGGAUACAGUGCUCAUCAUGGAUACAGUGCUCAUCAUGGAUACAGUGCUCAUCAUGGAUACAGUGCUCAUCAUGUACCCUCUGCCUCUUAUUCUUACAAACUAUUGUAAAAAUACAGUGUAAUUAGGAAAAUCUUAACUUUGACUAGACUGAGUCUUUAAAUGUGCUUCUGUAAUCAUUCUGUAAUUACAGAGGUUUAUUGCACAUACUAAACUUAUUGGAUAUACUUUUACCAUAAUUACUAAAAGCGAUACAGUGGUUUUCAAAUGAUAUAGUGCUGUAUUUGGUCUAGCUACAUGUGUCAUUCCAUACUUUAAUUAAACAAACAGAAAUUAAGUUAAAAUAGUUUGUUUCAGUUGACAUGCAAUAGAGAAUGUUGAUUAUUUUUUUAACCAUUUUUUAUCUCCUUGUUAUUGAGUUGAACAAUGUCCCUAUAUGGUUUGGAGAGUGUGUAGAUGUUGUGUGUGUGUGUGUGUGUGUUGUAAUUAUUUCUUUGUGGGAACAUAACUUUUUAAGUUGUGGGGACAUUUUUUCGGUGACUACAACGAUAACUGCCAAUUUAUAAAAAUCUUGGACUAAAAAUCAAAAAACUAAAUAUGCCACAAGUCUUGUAUUUUGUUUAGUUACUUAUGGUUAAGGUUAGGGCUGGUUAAGGGUGUCAUUGUUGGGAUUAGGGUUUUGCCCAAAUGAAUGGACAGUCCCCAGAAAGAUAUGAAUACAAAUGUGUGUGUGUGUGUGUGUGUUUUACUGUAAUGUUCAGAUGCAAGAGUCAUAUCCUAGUUAAUUCUAGAAAUAGAUAUGCUUAAAUGAGAAUACACCAUUUUCUUUCAAUUUAAAAUAUCUGGAGAGUGUGGCUUGCCUACUGUUGUAUGAAGAUAUUCAUCUCAUACAACUUUGAUGAUAUAACUCUUAUGCAAAUAUCCAUGGUCUAAACAACAAUAGGUUGUGUGUGUGUGUGGUGUGUGUGUUCCCAUAACCCAUACAUGUACAACAUUGAUUUUUAGGAUUAAUUGCUAGUAUCUGAACAUUAAUCUGUCCUUAUGUAUGACUAUGGGUUAGGCUUAAGGGAAAUCAAAGAAUAUUCUAAUUGUACUCCUCAUUUAAGUGAAGGACUAUACUAAAUUCAUCACUUAUUUGUCAAAGAGAGCAUGCAUUUUUCAGUUCAGGGGGGAUUUACAGGUCCCUGGGCUGAUUUCGUGGGCUUCCUAGCAGGUAUAUUAGUACUGAUGUUACCCUGACCAGAAUGAUUGCUUUAAAUCUUGUGAAAUAAUUAACGCACUCUCCCCGGUUUUUCAUUACACAGAUAAUCACCAAAUCAGAGAAGAUUUACUGUGUUAGAGACUGCAACAGGACAUUUAAUGUUCUGUCAUGUAAUUUCAUAUAUAAUUGUGAGGAUGGUGGAAAAGGCAGAUAUCAUAAGUCAAAGGUAAUUAGAAUAUAGAGAGGUAGCCCAGCCUUGCGUUUCCGGGUCAAGGUCCCUGGCAGCCAUUUCAUUGGACUGGAGAUGGGGGCGGGGAUUUGUCCUGAUAUGCUUUGGCAAGAAACUGAUUAUUAUUAAUAAACUUCCUUUACAGUAAUGAUUAUUAUCGUAUAAGAAUGUCUCAAUAAAUGCUACAUACACAUAGAGAAUAUUCAAAAUCCUAAAUAUCCUAGUUUUUGUCUAGUAUUAUUGAUUGUUUUACCUUCUCCAGUGAGUAGGGUUGUGGAUCCUGCUCUGAAAAAAUACAUUUAACCUUUUUUUGUAUUAUUAUUUAUUAACUUCAGUGUGUUAUUGCAUUACUCUUCCAUAUGCAGACCUGCAGUAACCCUGUUAUUUGAUAAAUGGAAACAACAGUGUCACACACUCCAGUCAUACCUCAGGUUGUUUGCACCAAACAACAAGUUGAUGUAUUGCUUCCUUGAGUGUGUCAAGUAACCUAUCUGCAUCUCUGCACUGUGAUUUACAUCCACCUUUCCCAGCAGAUGCAAAGUCACUCCAGUUAAAGCUGCCACUGCAGCAGAGACAGUGAAAUAAAAGGCUUUUGAUAUCUGAAAGAGACCAGCUCAAUCAGUGAUGCUUACAUGCAGCUGUAGAACAUUGAAGAACCAAUGUUAUACGCAGAAGAAUUAUGUAGAAAAUGAUAUAAGUGGAUGUAUUGUUGUUGAUGUUUUCUAUGUAAAUGUAGACAUCUCACUUCCUUUGCAAUGUAAAGCUAUAUAAUAAUAAUAAUAAUAAUAAUAAUAAUAACAAUACAACCAUUAUUAUUAUUAUUAUUAUUAUUAUUAUUAUUAUUAGCCCAUGCAGAAUGCAAUGUUUAAUAUGAUUUUCGCGAGCACGACUCAUGGCUUCCUAAGAAGACCAUCUUCUUGUUCAGGCAGACUUUAAAAAUAAAACUGCAUAAUUUACCGCAGUAGGUGAGAGAGAACCAGCGUCUUGUGGCAAAAGAUGAUUGCUUUUUUUUCAGGGGAAGAUUCAAUCCGUAUAUGAGACUGCCUAUCACUGUUUUUUAAGUGUUCACAGUUUGGAACAACACUGCUUUAGCUGAGGCUGUACGUAGGCUGUAUUCAGAUAAGCAAGCACUCUGUGUGCCUCAUUUGUGAACACAAUUCUCAAAGCACAAUGAGAAGCCAUUUGUAUUUUCAAAUAAAGUUUCCAGAACGAA